GCGAGAGAGAGCGCGUGUCCGCUGCCCAAUGACAGCGCAGGAUGCUAGACUGGUGUGAAUGGAGUUGCUGUCUCUGAAAGGUGAUGGAGAGGAAUUAACUGUAGAAAAAGAUCUGUCGACGUUGAGGCCCUCCACCCACACAGGCAUGCAGUGAGCCACCUAUGUGUCUCACAGAGAGAGGUUACACUGUGAUCGUUGCAGCGCGCCCCUGGUAAGGACCCUGUGGCGUGCGUCCGGCCAGCCCAGGCCACACCUCCCUCACCCAGGACAUGUACGGCAGUGCCCGAGCAGUAGGCCACAUCGAGAGCAGCCCUGCACGGUCCCCACGACUGCCUAGGUCCCCCAGGCUGGGCCACCGGAGGGCCAGUAGUGGGGGUGGGAGCAGUGGAGGGGGCAAGACGCUCUCCAUGGAGAACAUCCAGUCUCUAAACGCUGCCUACGCCACAUCCGGGCCCAUGUAUCUGAGCGACCAUGAGGGAGUGGGCUCCACCGCCACCUACCCCAAGGGCACGAUGACGCUGGGGCGUGCCUCCAACCGGGCCAUGUAUGGGGGGCGUGUCACGGCCAUGGGCAGCAGCCCCAACAUCGCCACGGUGGGGCUGGGCCACCACACUGACCUGCUGUCCUACAGCGACCUCGGCUCCCUGUCCAUGCUGCAGCACCACCACCACCACCAGGGGGUGCCGUCUGCCCUGCUGCGGCAGGCGGUACGGGGUGGUGGGGGGGAGCUGCUGGAGAUGCAGGCCACACUCCGGGACAUGCAGCGGGAGAACGACCUGCUGAGGAGAGAGCUGGACCUGAAGGACAGCAAGCUGGGCUCGUCCACCAACAGCAUCAAGAGCUUCUGGAGCCCCGAGCUGAAGAAGGAGAGGAUGAUACGUAAGGAGGAGGCGACGCGCACCUCCGUCCUCAAGGAGCAGAUGAGGGUGACUCACGAGGAAAACCAGCUGCUGGACGCCAGGAGGACCAAGCACCUGCAGCUGACCAUCCAGGCGCUGCAGGAUGAGCUGAGGACCCAGAGGGAUCUGAACCACCUGCUGCAGGAGAGUGGCGGCCGCUCUGGGGAACACUACACCAACAUCGAGCUGACCGAGGAGAACUUUAGACGACUGCAGGCCGAGCACGACCGCCAGGCCAAAGAGCUCUUCCUCCUGAGGAAGACUUUGGAGGAGAUGGAGCUGCGGAUGGAGACCCAGAAGCAGACGCUGGGGGCCAGGGACGAGUCUAUCAAGAAGCUGCUGGAAAUGCUCCAGAGUAAGGGUCUGCCUGGGGGGCCAGGCAGGGUCAAUGAGGAGGAGGAGCAGGAGAGGGCCAGGCGCAUCGCUGAGGCCGAGGCACAGCUGGGACACCUAGAGGUCAUCUUGGAUCAGAAGGAGAAGGAGAACAUACACCUCCGAGAGGUGUUCUCCCAGGAACUGCACAGGAGAAAUCAGAUGCACCAGGACCCUGGCAAAACCAAAGCCCUCCAGACCAUCAUAGAGAUGAAGGACACCAAGAUAGCGUCUCUGGAGCGCAACAUCAGGGACCUGGAGGAUGAGAUCCAGAUACUGAAGGCUAAUGGCUUGCUGAACACCGAGGACAGAGAGGAGGAGAUCAAACAGAUGGAGGUCUACAAGAACCACUCCAAGUUUAUGAAGACCAAGAUUGACCAACUGAAGCAGGAGCUGUCCAAGAAGGAGUCUGAGCUGCUGGCCCUGCAGACCAAGCUGGAGACCCUGAACAACCAGAACUCAGACUGCAAACAGCAUAUAGAGGUUCUCAAAGAGUCCCUCACUGCCAAGGAGCAGCGCGCUGCCAUACUGCAGACAGAGGUGGACGCCCUGCGCCUGCGCCUGGAGGAGAAGGAGUCCUUCCUAAACAAGAAGACCAAGCAGCUGCAGGACCUGACGGAGGAAAAGUGUACGCUGGCCGGAGAGAUUCGAGACAUGAAGGACAUGCUGGAGGUCAAGGAGAGGAAGAUCAACGUCCUGCAGAAGAAGAUUGAGAAUCUGCAGGAGCAGCUGUGUGAUAAGGACAAGCAGCUGGGGAACCUGAAGGACAGGGUGAAGUCUCUACAGACUGACUCCAGUAACACUGACACUGCCCUGGCCACCCUGGAGGAGGCACUCUCUGAGAAGGAGCGGAUAAUAGAGAGACUGAAGGAGCAGAGAGCGAGGGAGGACAAUGAGAGGAUUGACGAGGUGGAGUCCUAUAAGAAGGAGAACAAGGACCUCAAGGAGAAAGUCAACACCCUCCAUAUGGAUUUAACAGAGAAGGAGUCCAGUCUCAUUGACCUGAAGGAGCAUGCCUCCUCCCUGGCCUCCUCCAGCCUGAAGAAAGAAUCCAAGCUCAAGUCUCUGGAAAUGGCCAUCGAGCAGAAGAAAGAGGAGUGUAGCAAGUUGGAGACACAGUUACAGAAGCAAGCAGAGCAGCUGUUCACUCAGAUGAACAACCCUAAGGCCCAUGAGGUCCAUGAGGUCCAGCAGGUGGGAGUGGGAGUGGGCUCCAGGGGGAACCCAGAGUAUGUGGAGCGGGAGCGGGAGCGGGAGCAGCGAGUCAAGGUCCUAGAGAAGGAGGUUUCCUACUACAAGGAGGAGUCUGGCAAGGCCCAGGCCGAGGUGGAUAGGCUACUAGCCAUCCUCCGAGAGGUGGAGACUGAGAAGAACAACAAGGAUAAGAAGAUCGCUGAGCUGGAAAGCCCCCCUCACCUUGCCCCUGUCCCUCGCCCUGGUUUCGGCCUUGGUUCCGGCCCUGGCUCCGUCCCUCGUCACGGUUCCGGUGGUAGAGCUCCCCCUGACCCGCUCCCCCCUGUGUCCGCUGCCCCCCAGCAGAUUGGGGGCAUGGUGUGGGACUUCCUGGGAAACCUAGCUCCCAGGCAGACCAAGGAGCAGGUUACUAAGAAGGGGGGUCCCAACCUCAAACUGGGCGCCCAGGGGGAAAAGAAGCCUGGUCAGAUAAUGGGGGACCCUCGAAAAGACAACACCAUGGACCUUGGUCACCAUUUGAAGUUGGAGGAGAUGAUGAACACCCUAGAGAGAACUAAACAGGAGCUGGAUGCCACCAAGCAGCGCCUCUCGUCUACCCAGCAGUCCCUGCAGGAGAGGGACGGUCACCUGACCAACAUGAGACAGGAGCGCAGGAAACAGCUGGAGGAGAUCCUGGAGAUGAAACAACAGGCCCUGCUGGCAGCCAUCAGUGAGAAGGAUGCUAACAUCGCUCUGCUAGAGCUGUCUGCCUCUGGGAAGAAGAAGACCCAGGAAGAGGUUCUGGCUCUGAAGAGGGAGAAGGACAGAUUGAUGCACCAGCUAAAACAGCAGGUCAGGACUGGUGACACAACUCAGACACAGAGCAGGAUGAAGCUGAUGGCAGACAACUAUGAAGACGACCACUACCACCCCCAUCCUCCCUUCCAUUCCCUACCCCAGCAACCCCAACCGGGUCUCCAGCCUCAGUCCCCCCAGCCCCAGCCCCAGUACCAGCACCCUCCACAUCCCCAGCAGCAGCACGCCCCGUACCCCCAUGCCCCACACCCCCAGCAACCCCAGCCCCCAUCCCAACAACACCCUCACCCUCAGCAGCCUCAACAGCAGUACCCCCCUCAUCCCCAACAGCACCCGCAGGGGCACCCCCAACAGCCCCAACAACACCAACCACGGCCCCAGCACCCGCUGCAACCCCAGCACCCACACCCACAACAACAACAACACCCCCACCCAGGACAGCAUCCUCACGGGCCUCCGCCACAGCAGCAGCACCCCCACCUCCAACAGCACCCACAGCAGCACCCUCACGGCCCCCUGCAGCAAGCCCCCCACCCCCAGCACCCACACCCCCAACACCCUCAGCAGCACCCCCAUCACCCUCCCCAUGCCCCGCAACAGCAAGGUGGCCACCCCCGCCAACCGCCCCCACACCACCGCGGAGGACCAGGGCCUGCCAGAGGACCCCCCCAUGCCAGCCACCGCCCCUCCCACGACCAGGAUGACGAGGAGGGCAUUUGGGCAUGAUCGUGCCAAUGAUGACAACAAAAGCUCUGAUGUUGUUCUGAGGGAUGAUUCAGUCACUAUUGGAGGAGCACAGCCAUGCCAUGAUGCUGAAACACAUUGACUACCUGACCAAACAUUUUUUACCGCCACACAAUCCACACUUCAAAAUGGGGCCUUUAUUUUUUACUGAGGAUGAGGAAGAUGAUGAAGAGGAGGACGGAUGAAGCAGGUGGGAAGGCCAGACGAGGAGACUGAUAGUUGAGCAGAUGACUGAGGAGCCAUCAUGUGAAGAGCACUGUACAGACAUUAAAGAAACUGGCCAGCUCUUUGAGAGUGACUCUGUGGAGGAUGAGUGGCCCUACACAGACACAGAGGUGCUUUCUGUAAAGUUAAACUCGGUUGGACAGACUGGGUCCCCCUCAGACAAACAGAGACAGACAGACAGAUGAGCUGUCUGGUCUCAGCUCCGUGGUCCUGCUCACACAGCCAAACUCACACAGCCACUCUGGCCCAGUUGUCAAGCUGCUCAGCUCACCUGUUGCCCCCCCCCCCCCCACCCCCCCAUUCUCACCAACCUGUGUCUAAUUGGUUCACUCUCCUAACUCCACCUUGCUUACCUGAGCUGCGCUGUUUACCUGAUUUGCCCUGCCCUGUUCAUCCCCGGCUGGUUCUGAUUGGCUCCCCUGCCUGUCAGUCUCCUCCCUAUUUACUGACAGUCUUCACAGUGCUUAUUUUACUCAUAUGUAGUUUUUUGUAGUUUUCUUUUUCAGAGAUAGCCUGCUCUCUUCCCACAUAUGUUAUGAAGUGCCAUACAGGUACAGCUUUAGAUUACUUUUAAAUUGUUGUGCUACUUACUUUUAUCUUCUAUUUACCUUUUCUUGAGUGUGUUUCAUCUGCAGUACUUGACUAUGGCUAUAAGUGUUUUGUGUUAAGUGCAUCAGAACAAGGAAGAGGAACCAAUAGGCAGCCACUAGUGCUAUUAUCUGACCAAUAGGCAGCCACUAGUGCUAUUAUCUGACCAAUAGGCAGCCACUAGUGCUAUUAUCUGACCAAUAGGCAGCCACUAGUGCUAUUAUCUGACCAAUAGGCAGCCACUAGUGCUAUUAUCUGACCAAUAGGCAGCCACUAGUGCUAUUAUCUGACCAAUAGGCAGCCGCUAGUGCUAUUAUCUGACCAAUAGGCAGCCGCUAUAGCUGUUAUUGGACAAAUGGGCAGCCACUACAGCGCUUAUCUGACCAAUGGGCACCCACUAAAGCUCUUAUCAGACCAAUAGGUACAACUACAGCUCUUAUCUGACCAAUGAGCAGCCACUGGCCUUGCCUGUAGUACUGAAGGUUUGCUUGUGCCGUUAAUGUGCAGUCUGGCAUGGCCUUAUGGGUAUGGCCAUGUACCAGGGGUUUACUGGGCCUUUGGGCUUGGGGCUUCCAACUGUGUAUCUAUCCUGUUACCUCAGUUGAUGUCACAGUUAAAACUCCAAUCUAUGCAGAUAUCAGAACUAGUUAUGCAGCUUUUAUCCAGUCAUGAGUCAAGGGCACCAAUCAAAAGCAUGUAGAUGUCUUAAACCAGUACCAAUCAGAAUGGUAUUUUCAGAACAUACACCAAUCAGAUUACAUGAUUAUAUGCACCUUCUCCUCCCCUGUUUCAGGGAUACUUCUAAUGGUGCUUUUAGAUCACUGGUGCUCACAACAUGAUGUUCAACCAGAGACACAGCCAAGGGACACGGCCAUUGGAUGUUGUGCAACCAUGUCACUAAAUAGGGAUGUUGAUCCCAUAACCUGGCUUGCUUAUGAACUGUAGAAGACUGUAUUGUACGUAAGAUCAGCUGGAGAGAUUUUAUAUGUGUAAUGGCAUCCAUGGACACCCAGGUGUAUGAGAUUUCCUGCCAUACCUUUAUAGCCCUUUCUCCGGCUCAUCGUCUCCCUACUCCCUCCUCUUCUUCAUGACCUCUUUUCUCAUCCUCUCUUCUUCUCUUUCAGCAGUCAUAGUCUGUGCUAACCCAAACCCAAGCCUAGUGACUCGUUUUUGUUCUUCUCAACAAGGUGGCCUUGUGCCUCGUUCAUAUUAUAUACAUAUUAUAGAUAUAUAUAGAAAGAGAUCUAUAGUCUACAUGUCUAUGUGGUCAGAAUAUUGUGCCAGGAAAAAAAAGAAUGAGGAUAAAAAUACAUGUUCUUUUAAUUUUUUAACUGGCCUAAGGAUUUUUAAAACGUAUUUAGUGUGUGGAGUAACGUUUGUGACUUUCCUCUGUUGUGUACAUUACAAGAAAAAAUACAGCACUCAACAUUCCCUGUAUGAAAACAGACUGGCUCUCAAGAAACCUUGAGACAGAUUCCAAAGGAAAGAAGACUAUUUCAUUCUCAUUUAGAAGAGAUCUUACAUUCCUGCUACAGCGUGAGAAAUAUUUUUUGAGACACACACACUCACUAUAGGAUCAGUACUUCUGAAACUUGUACUUGGCAGUGAGGACUAUCACUACCAUUGUUAAAGUGGAGGGUUGGAGUGACUCCGUCAUUGCAGAUGCUUUAUCCAGUCUCAGUGGUGUGUGUUUGUUUGUUGUCAAUGUCAUUGUCCCAGUGUAUCCCGAUGUGGUGACAUACAUGACAGUUGAGUGUGUAGAGAACAACAAAAACCCUUCUAUUGGCAAAACCCUCCCCCUCCAUCACUACCACCACUAACCCUCCUCCAUCACUACCACCACUAACCCUCCUCCAUCACUACCACCACUAACCCCCCUCCAUCACUACCACCACUAACCCUCCUCCAUCACUACUACCACUAACCCCCCCCCCAUCACUACCACCACUAACCCCCCUCCAUCACUACUACCACUAACCCUCCUCCAUCACUACCACCACUAACCCCCCUCCAUCACUACCACCACUAACCCUCCUCCAUCACUACCACCACUAACCCCCCUCCAUCACUACUACCACUAACCCCCCUCCAUCACUACUAACCCUCCUCCAUCACUACCACCACUAACCCUCCUCCAUCACUACCACCACUAACCCCCCUCCAUCACUACCACCACUAACCCUCAACCAUCACUACUACCACUAACCCCCCUCCAUCACUACUAACCCUCCUCCAUCACUACCACCACUAACCCUCCUCCAUCACUACCACCACUAACCCUCCUCCAUCACUACCACCACUAACCCCCCUCCAUCACUACCACCACUAACCCUCAACCAUCACUACUACCACUAACCCUCCUCCAUCACUACCACCACUAACCCUCCUCCAUCACUACCACCACUAACCCCCCUCCAUCACUACCAUCACUAACCCCCCUCCAUCACUACUACCACUAACCCUCCUCCAUCACUACUACCACUAACCCCCCUCCAUCACUACUACCACUAACCCUCCUCCAUCACUACUACCACUAACCCUCCUCCAUCACUACUACCACUAACCCUCCUCCAUCACUACCACCACUAACCCCCCUCCAUCACUACCACCACUAACCCUCCUCCAUCACUACUACCACUAACCCUCCUCCAUCACUACCACCACUAACCCUCCUCCAUCACUACCACCACUAACCCCCCUCCAUCACUACUACCACUAACCCUCCUCCAUCACUACUACCACUAACCCUCCUCCAUCACUACUACCACUAACCCUCCUCCAUCACUACUACCACUAACCCCCCUCCAUCAUUACCACCACUAACCCUCCUCCAUCACUACCACCACUAACCCUCCUCCAUCACUACUACCACUAACCCCCCUCCAUCACUACUAACCCUCCUCCAUCACUACCAUCACUAACCCCCCUCCAUCACUACCACCACUAACCCUCCUCCAUCACUACCACCACUAACCCCCCUCCAUCACUACCACCACUAACCCCCCUCCAUCACUACCACCACUAACCCCCCUCCAUCAUUACCACCACUAACCCUCCUCCAUCACUACCACCACUAACCCUCCUCCAUCACUACCACCACUAACCCCCCUCCAUCACUACCACCACUAACCCCCCUCCAUCACUACCACCACUAACCCCCCUCCAUCAUUACCACCACUAACCCUCCUCCAUCACUACCACCACUAACCCCCCUCCAUCAUUACCACCACUAACCCUCCUCCAUCACUACCACCACUAACCCUCCUCCAUCACUACCACCACUAACCCUCCUCCAUCACUACUACCACUAACCCUCCUCCAUCACUACUACCACUAACCCCCCUCCAUCACUACCACCACUAACCCUCCUCCAUCACUACCACCACUAACCCUCCUCCAUCACUACUACCACUAACCCCCAUCCAUCACUACUACCACUAACCCCCCUCCAUGGUGUGUGUGUGUGUGUGUGUGUGUGUGUGUGUGUGUGUGUGUGUGUGUGUGUGUGUGUGUGUGUGUGUGUGUGUGUGUGUGUGUGUGUGUGUGUGUGUGUGUGUGUGUGUGUGUGUGUGGGUACCAUACAAAAAGUGAUCCACUUACCAACGUCACCUCUGUAUCCAUUUGUCUGUCAGCUUCAACAUAGAAUUCAGCCAGGACAUGAAUCUCACAACUCAUCCUCUCAUUGCCCAAGAAUUACAAGUUCCGAUGAAAUCAAAUUGAAAAAAAGACGGUGUGUGGAUGUUGUGUUUACAAUGUCAGAGAUGGAAAAGCACAUGGACAGUGGAGUUAAAAACCUCUCACUUUACCAUCAGGCUUUGUUGAAGGUGGGAAGGUUAAGACAAUGUAAUAAUUCCAUGUGGAAACAUUCAAAAAUAAAAAAUUAAUGGCACCAGCGAUGUUGCUGGAUUCCAGAUUAGCAUUGAAACAUGACCAGCGGUCAGGAAGUCCAGUAAUAAAGUCUAAAUGAAUAGAAUGACAGUAAAGCAGUUAUGCUAUGUAUUCAAGGAGUAGUUAGCUGAAAUUCAUUACAGUUGUGUUUAUUUUUCACUUUGAUGGCAAACUUUCUGUGUUGCUACCAUUCACUCCCAGUCAUUCCGAAUGCGGAAGCGGGUCCCUUGUUGAGUAUUGGUGCAAAGAGUUAUGGGAUAUUAGAAUCUUCUUGUCUUAACCUGGAUAUUUUGAACGUAGCCAUCAGGGGGAACGGAUUCAGAAUCGCCCAUUUUCAGGUCCUUUACUACUGAAUAGAUAAAGCAUGGGUUCUCCUACCAUGAUAAGUGACUGUACAGCACUUGGUAAAUAGAACAUGGUAGAAAACGUUGAACACUUCAUUUGUGCCCAUGCAUGCAAAUUUUUACGUGAUGUGCCAACUGAGAGUGAUAGUCUGGGGAUAUUUUCCUGUCUUCUAUGCAGAGAUCUUGAUGUGCAGUCAUCAGUGGCCUAUCAGUUAACAUACUCCAGGGUUGUGUUCAUUAGUGUAUGCAAUGUUUUAAAACGCUUUGCAACGCAAAAUGAGAAUUAAUGUUUCUUAUUAGGGUGGCAGGUAGCCUAGUGGUUAGAGCAUUGGACUAGUAACCGAAAGGUUGCAAGAUCAAAUCCCUGAGCUGACAAGGUAAAAAUCUGUUGUUCUGAACAAGGCAGUUAACCCACUGUUCCUAGACCGUCAUUGAAAAUAAGAAUUUGUUCUUAACUCACUUGCCUAGUUAAAUAAAUGUUAAUAAAAUGAAAUUGGACAAGUCCAGGUAGUCCUUCCCUGUUUCACUAGAUUUUUCUUCCGUUUGGCGGCUAAUGAACAUGACCCAGGAGUUAAAGACAACAGACUUCACCAAUAGCGAUCAAGGGAGUAAAAGGGCUUCUGAUUCGAAUAGGAGUAUGAGAAGCCUAAUACAGGCGGACAGAUUCACCUUCUUUGUCUUGUACAAGUUGCAUUUGAUUUAUGGUAUGAUGUUGAAAAUGCAAACCAUUGGAUCAAACAAAACACUGUGAUCAAUGGCAGAAACGUUUUUGUUAUUUUUGGGGUUUUUACUUUUGUAGAUUUAAAGCUGGAAUCCGUAAUGGUGAAACUGCCAGGUCUGUUUGGGAUAUUACAACAACAAAGUAGUUAGUGCAACACUGUUUGUUUUUUUUCUGACAUCAUUGCACGCGUGAUAGAACAGCAGCAUAUCAACCUUUGUUUUUUACCUUGACGCGUGACGCUCCCCACCUCUUCUUUGUUAACAAAACAAAAACAAUAACGGCGGUGGAGCUGUUUUCCCAUAUUGUGGAUUCAAAUCUUUAAGUUAGACUUUUUUUUCAGUUCGGCUUAUUGAAUAUGUCAGUUUGGGACUGUACUACGUGUAUAAGUAAAUGUGUUCUGUACAGUAAGGAUUUAGGAACAAGUUAAAUGUGUAUCCAGCAUGUUGAGUCAUUACUUGUGUGAACCUGGGCUUAUUUCCCAUGGUGCUCCAGUCGUCAUACAUGAAGUGCAUUUGCAUGGUGACGGUGUGAUGUUGUGUUUGAGAGUGGUGUGUCUCCUCACUUGUCCUGUCCCCCUAGUAGGCAGCGUGUGCAGUGUUAUGAAAGAGGAAGCAUGUUUUUGUGGUGUUGCAGGAGUAAAUCUGUGAGAAAGAUUGUGUGUGUGUGUGUAUGUGUGUGAGAGAAAUGAUGAAGUGUGUUUGUGUGAAUGUGUGUGAUAAAGUGUGUGUGUGGGUUUGUACGUGUCUGUGUACUGUAUAUGUUUUUGCUUGUUCGCACGUGUGAGUGCAAGAGUCAAAGAUAGAGGGAGGGUUGCAAAACCUUAUAUUGCAGGUAGAAAGAAAGAGAGAGAGAGAGAGAGAGAGAGAGAGAGAGAGAGAGAGAGAGAGAGAGAGAGAGAGAGAGAGAGAGAGAGAGAGAGAGAGGGUUGCAAAACCUCAUAUUGCAGGGAGAGAGAGAGAGGGUUGCAAAACCUCAUAUUGCAGGUAGAGAGAGAGAGAGAGAGAGAGAGAGAGAGAGAGAGAGGGGUGAAACCCUCUAUGGCAGAGAGAGAGAGAGAGUUGUGUUCAGAAUGGAUACUGUGUGUCAUGUUUGGUGUUUUUAGGAGGCUGUCUCCAGUGCCCCAGACAUUUCUAUUGUAUGUGCUGUAUCAGAAUAUUACUAUUGAGUGUUGGCCAGCUUGUUUAUAUACAUUCAAUAAAGGUGACUUUCUGA